CUAAAGUGAAAUGGGAACUCUAAAGAUCUCAAGGCAUUUAGUCUUAACUGUGUUCAUGGCUUUGUGUUUACAUGUUAUCUGCUCCUUUGCUUUCACUUCGUUUGUGUUCGGGGACUCGUUGGUGGAUACAGGAAAUAAUGACUACUUGUUUACCCUAUCCAAGGCCAACUCUCCUCCCUAUGGUAUCGAUUUCAAGCCUUCUGGAGGUCUACCCUCUGGGAGAUUUACCAAUGGUCGUACCAUCCCUGACAUUGUAGGUCAAGAACUUGGGUGUAGAUCUUUUCCACCACCUUAUCUAGCGCCAAACACUGAGCUUGAUGCAAUCACCACAGGAAUUAAUUAUGCUUCUGGGGCCUCUGGAAUCUUGGACGAAACAGGAGUUUCAUUUAUUGGAAGAGUGCCUCUGGAACAGCAGAUAAGCUAUUUUGAACAAAGUAGAAAGUAUAUGGUUAAUGUGAUGGGGGACAAUGGCACCAGAGAAUUCCUCAAGAAAGCAAUCUUUUCACUAACCACAGGAUCCAAUGAUAUUCUAAACUAUGUUCAGCCAUCAAUACCCUUUUUCCAGGGUGACAAGGUUUCCCCUGCUAUCUUUCAGGAUUUUAUGGUUUCCAACCUGACUAUACAGCUUAAGCGACUGCACGAAUUAGGAGCUAGAAAAUUUGUUGUAGUUGGGAUUGGACCUCUUGGUUGCAUUCCAUUUGUCCGUGCACUAAAUUUAUUACCAAGUGGAGAAUGCUCUGUGAAGGUGAAUGAAUUAAUCCAAGGCUACAACAAGAAACUGCGUGAGAUCCUCAGUGGGUUAAAUCAAGAAAUGGAACCUGAGUCUGUCUUCGUGUAUGCAAAUUCUUUUGAUACUGUUCUCAGCAUUAUCCUUGAUUAUCGACAAUACGGAUUUGAGAAUGCAUACGAACCGUGUUGCGGAGGAUACUUUCCACCAUUUGUUUGCUUUAAAGGAAGUAAUACAAGCACAGGUUCUGUUCUAUGUGAUGAUAGAUCAAAGUAUGUGUUUUGGGAUGCAUAUCACCCUACAGAGGCUGCUAAUAUCAUCAUUGCCAAGCAGUUGCUAGAUGGAGAUCGGAGCAUUGGCUUUCCUAUUAACAUACGACAGCUCUACGACUAUAAUCCCUAGUAAUUUAUGCAUUGACAAAAUGUCCUCAACAGUAAGGUUUUAAUUCAGUAGUAUCUAAUUAAGAAAUUCUGUAAGUUAUUUAUUAAUAUCUUGAAGCUCUUCUUCUACGUAAUUUAUAUUAGCAAGUUAUUGCAAGCAUGUAACUAUGAUUUAACUUGAAAAAAAACCCAACAAAUGAAGGAAAACCAAAUUAAACCAGAGAAAGUCGACAUGAGAGAAGCUUUUUUCUUAGAAAUUAUGAGCUAGACUUGGUCAACUAUACAACUGUUUCUGACACAGCCAUUAACAACCCUCUUUAAGUUUCCAGGCUCAUCCUUUGGUGAAAUAUGGUUCUUAUGUCGAGGGAUUGCCCAUCAUCAAUGAAUUCAUUCUCCUAAGCUGGCUAUCCAGCCAGCGCAUUUCCCAAUAUUGUAUAGCGUAUACGAAAUACACGGUUGACUUCCGGGCCACCCAAGAAAAAAAUAAAUAAAAAAAGCCAGAUAGUUGACUAAAGCCUUCUCUGAAGCUAACACUGCAUUAAGACAAUCCAGAAAGAAGCAGCGAGACAUUAAAAGAGCAUAGAAGAAGGCGUUGACCUUCAAAAUGGGCCAUGGCGGAGUGUAUGAAGAUUCGAAGACCUGAAUUCAAUGGGAGGUAUGUAAUUAGUAAAAGUAUGGAGUGUGAUGUUCUUGCCCCAUAACUUUCUAUUCAUGACUGCAUUCGUUCAUGCACAGGGAUUCAGAUAACGUACAGGGUAAACGAACUGGAUCCCCAUUCAAUACUUCAUUCAUUCAUAAAUAAAGUCUCAAUUUGGUAAUCUGGUUGCGUGCUACAAGCGUCAAGAGGGCAAACAAGGAAUGAGUCGGUCAGGGGCCAGAAGCCCAUAAUUUGGGUUAAGUUCUGAUGGGUUCGCUAGACGUAGGGCAGUGCAUUUCUUAAAAAGUAUAUCAAAGCAGAAGUGUGGAGAAAUAAAUAAGUAGAAUCAAAUCCUG